AUGGGUAAGAGUAGCGAUCUGUACGGUAUAAGCAUCUCGAGCCGGAAAUCGUCGUCGACUGUAGCGGCGGCUCAGAAGACGGAAGGGGAGAUAAUCGAUUCGACGACAGUCAAGAGUUUCAGCUUCAACGAGCUCAAACUCGCCACCAGAAACUUCAGACCGGACAGUGUGAUCGGAGAAGGUGGCUUCGGCUGUGUCUUUAAAGGCUGGUUGGAUGAAACCAAUCUCACUCCGACCAGACCUGGAACCGGUUUGGUCAUCGCCGUUAAAAAGCUUAACCAAGAAGGUUUUCAAGGUCACCGAGGUGCAUAUUUUAAGCCUCUCCCAUGGUUUCUACGGAUAAAGGUUGCGCUUGAUGCAGCAAAGGGUCUUGCUUUUCUUCACAGUGACCCUGUCAAAGUCAUAUACCGAGACAUUAAAGCCUCCAACAUUCUGCUUGAUGCAGACUAUAAUGGAAAACUCUCUGACUUUGGGUUAGCUAGGGACGGUCCAGAAGGUGAUCUAAGCUAUGUUAGUACAAGGGUUAUGGGUACAUAUGGCUACGCGGCUCCUGAGUAUAUGUCAUCAGGUCACUUGAAUGCAAGAAGCGAUGUGUACAGUUUCGGUGUGGUGCUAUUAGAGAUUUUAUCGGGGAAGCAAGCUUUGGACCAUAACAGGCCGGCUAAAGAAGAGAACCUAGUGGAAUGGGCUCGACCGUACCUCACAAGCAAACGCAAGGUUCUCCAAAUCGUGGACGCUCGGCUUGACACGCAGUACCUACCGGAAGAGGCAGUGCGAUUGGCCAGCAUUGCGGUUCAGUGUCUCUCGUUCGAACCCAAGUCGCGCCCGACCAUGGACCAAGUCGUCCGUGCCUUGCAACAACUUCAGGACAACUUGGGAAAACCGACUCAGCCCGAUCCGGCACUGACCGGGACUAAGCCCUUUUUGAGAUUUGCAAAACUGGUCAAGCUGGAUAAUUUGGUGACUGAUCAUUUGUCCCGGCUAGUACUUCUAACUGCGAAAAUCCGUUUCGGACGGGUUGAAUACGUGAUCGUCGGAGCUAUGAUGACUACAACCAACACCAUGGCUAUGCUUCAAAACCUCGUCUUCUCUGUUCCCAUCUCGCGCAUGAUGGUAGUGCGGCGUCACUCCCUCUCCACCGCCGCCGCCGCCGCAAUCUCCACCGCCACAACCGCCGUACCGUCUCCGAAACCUACCUCCGUCAAACCGGUGCGUGCUCCGCACGUGGACUCGCAGGUUCUCCUCGGAAUGUCGGAGCCGGAGCUUCAGCAGCUCGCUAUCAAACUCGGUCAAGAAGGCUACAGAGGGAAGCAGCUCCAUCAUCUCAUCUACAAGAGGAAAGUUAAAGAAGUCGAAGACUUUAGCACUUUGCCACAAACGUUUCGAAAAGAGCUCGUGGAAGGUGGAUUUAAGGUUGGAAGAUCACCCAUUUACCAAACUGUCACUGCAACUGAUGGUACCAUUAAGCUGCUGCUAAAGCUUGAAGAUAACCUAUUGAUCGAAACUGUUGGUAUACCGGUCCAGGAAGAGAAGGGCAUAACGCGACUCACCGCCUGUGUCUCUUCCCAGGUAGGAUGUCCACUGCGUUGCUCGUUCUGUGCAACGGGAAAAGGAGGGUUUUCAAGAAAUCUUAAGAGGCAUGAAAUUAUUGAGCAGGUGUUGGCUAUAGAGGACGUGUUCAAGCACAGGGUGACAAAUGUGGUUUUCAUGGGAAUGGGUGAGCCGAUGUUGAACCUAAAGUCAGUGCUUGAUGCUCAUCGUUGUUUGAAUAAGGACAUUGAAAUCGGGCAACGAAUGAUUACAAUAUCGACAGUUGGUGUUCCAAACACAAUCAAGAAGCUUGCCACUCAUAAGCUUCAGUCGACCUUAGCUGUCAGCUUACAUGCACCAAACCAGAGUCUCAGGGAGAAAAUUGUACCAAGUGCCAAGGCUUAUCCGCUGGAAGCAAUUAUGAAGGAUUGUCGUGAUUACUUCCAAGAAACAAAUAGACGAGUCUCCUUUGAAUACGCGCUUCUAGCUGGAGUCAAUGAUUCAGUAGAGCACGCAGUGGAACUAGCAGAGCUGCUACGUGAAUGGGGUAAAACCUAUCACGUAAAUUUGAUACCUUACAACCCAAUAGAAGGAUCAGAGUACAAGCGACCUUACAAGAAAGCGGUCCUAGCGUUUGCGGCUGCGUUGGAGUCGCGUAAGAUAACAGCAAGUGUGAGGCAAACAAGAGGGCUUGAUGCGAGUGCUGCUUGUGGUCAGCUGAGGAAUAAGUUCCAGAAAAGCCCUCUAGUCGCUGAGACCGAGAAAAGCCCUCUGGUCGGUGAGACCAAUGGUCAAGAGUCUCAGGCAGAUGGAGAAGCUGUUCCGUGUUGA